CUGAGGUUGAGUUCUUGGUAGGGUUCUGAGGAAGGUUUGAGAGGUUCGCAAUUAACUUUGUUGCCAUGGAGUUUCAGGGAAGGAGGAUGAACAUGCUUGAGGGUCAAGCUCCGGCGCCUCAGCAAAAUACCGAUCCAGAGUCUUUCCAGGCCGCUAUGGAGAUCGAGGUUCCGAGGCUGGUUGACGAGGAAGAUCUUUCCGCCAACCCGCGAAGUGAAGUUCCUGUAGACGCCUCAUCUGGCGAAGAUCAACGACCGAGGGCUCCCAAAAGGAAGUACCAAAGGCACACACCUGACCAAAUCAAAGAGUUGGAAGCUGUUUUCAGGGUAUGCCCCCACCCUGACGACAAGCAACGGAAAGAGCUUAGCCAGAAACUGGGUCUCCGACCACAACAAGUGAAGUUCUGGUUUCAGAACAGACGCACCCAGUCCAAGAACCACCGAGAGCGCGACGAGAAUAACAAGCUUCGGAAGGAGAAUGAUGAGCUGCGCCGCGAGAACUUUAGGAUGAAAGAGGCGCUGAAUAAACCAUGCUGCAAGAACUGUGGCGGUCCAUGUGCUAUUGGCGAGAUGUCCCCCAUCGACGAACACCGCCUGACGUUGGAGAAUGCUUGCCUUCAGGCAGAGAUUGAUACGGUGGUGGAGUUGAUUUACAAUAAUGGGGAUGAAACUGAGACGUUGUCGCCGGAACCCUCGGAUCAACAGGUGGUCUCUGGGGUCGUUACUGGCAUUGCCCAGGUUCCUGUGGAUACGAUGGGAGCAGAGAGUUCGAGAGCCGCGGAAUUGCGCAGUUCGUCUCCUACCGUGCAACCUCGGGCUCAGGUGCAGAGGCCCUUCUUUGAAAGCCUUGCAGGGCUGGCCAUGGAGGAGCUCUUUAUGAUGGCCCGCACUUGUGAGCCUCUGUGGAUCCGUGGCCUCGAUGGCUACUCUGAGAUUCUUAACGAGGAUGAGUACGCCGGGGCUUUCCCGAGGGGGCUCGGGCCGAAGCUGCCCGCGCUUAAGACGGAGGUGACCAGAGGAACUGCACUGAUACCUACGACGCCGCUGUACCUUGUGGACAUUAUCGUGAAUGUGAGCAAGUGGUCAACUUUCUUCUCUGGCAUUGUUUCGAGUGCUGAUUGUUUGGAGAUACCUGAAACUAGCAUCUGCACCAAGGGAAUGCUGCAAUUAAUCACUGCGGAGCUUCAAGUUCCAUCACCUCUCGUACCACCCAGAGAGUGUGUGUUUCUGAGGUACUGCAAAAAGCAUGCAGAGGGAGUUUGGGUGAUCGUCGAUGUCUCAAUGAACAACCGUGAUAACUCUGAAAUCAGAUACCGGAGAAGGCCAUCCGGCUGCUUAAUCCAAGAAAUGCCAAAUGGCUCCUCAAAGAUUACCUGGGUCGAACAUGUCGAAGUGGAUGAUUCGGGCGUUCACGACAUGUACAAGGCAGUAGUCAAUUCAGGUCUAGCCUUUGGAGCAAAACGGUGGCUGUCAACUCUGGAACGACAGUGGGAGCGCCUAGAAAGUAUCUCGGCCAUCAACAAUCCGCGUUUUGGUAUUAAUGCUAACCCUGAGGGAAGGCAUAGUAUUCUGAGGCUGGUAGAGAGGAUGGUGGUAGGCUUCUGCGGUGGGGUAAGUGGAUCAAGGGCUCAGGACUGGAGCCACAUAUCUGGAGUCGGUGCGGAGGAUGUGAAGAUUACAGCUAAAAGGAACCCCCUUGCUACUUGUGAGCCCCCAGGGAUCCUUGUAAAUGCCUGCAUGUCCCUAUGGCUCCCCUUGCCUCCGGGGAGAGUUUUCCAUUUCCUGCGCACCUCACGCAAUGAGGUCUUCAGGGCUCCUUCAAUAUGGGAUGUACUCACCAAUGGUGGGGCAAUUGAAGAAGGAUGCCACAUAGCUAAUGGCCGGGAAGAAGGAAAUUGUAUCUCCAUACUCAAUGUUCGCGGACCGGAGAACCCAAGCCAUGUGAUGAUACUCCAAGAGAACUGCUCCCAUGCAACUGGCUCGUAUGUGAUCUAUGCUCCAAUCGAUAUCGUCGCUCUGAAUGCUAUCCUAACUGGUCAGGAGGCGGACUAUGUCGCGCUUCUUCCUUGUGGCUUCACCAUAUUCCCCGACUUGCCUCAUGGCAUGCAAGAUGGCAUAGAUGGUGAGGGUGGCUCUGGAGGAUCCCUCUUGACUGUUUCUUUUCAGAUCCUGGCCGACUCCAACCCACAUUCAAAUAUCUCUGCCGACACCAUAGCGACGCUGACUGCACUUGUGACCAAUACCUGUGAUCAAGUUAUAAGUUCUCUGUUCGGUAAUAAUGUCCCGUGAAGCUGAAGGAGGAGGGCAGGAGAGUUGAAAUGGAAGUCAAGAACGCACCUUGGACUCUCCAAGCCAUGCUGCUAGUGUGCUGGUUCGGGCAUUGACUUCUUAAAUAAAGUACCUAAUAGAGUUUCUGGUAUCCCAUGGAAGUCUACCUUCAUAUGGGAUAUUUUUCUGUUUUCCUUCUUUCUGCACCUUAUCUGCAUCCUUUUGUGGUUCUUGUAAUAACUGUGGUGGAUAGAGAUAUCUAAUCCACCGCGUGACUUUUCUCCCUUUUACUAAAAACAUCGAGGGUGCUCCCUUUUAAUAAAGUCAAACAGAUUAUCUUCUGGUUAA